GUGGGGAACUCGUUGCUGGUGGUAGUGGUGUACAUGUCUCACCUGGUCGCGUCGUUAUCGCUUAUCGGACGUGACCUCGCACGGGGGUGGCCGGCGACGUCUACGUCGACGUCAACGUGGCGUCGCGGCGCCCGCGGCCGCCGCGUAGGUGUAUGACUCCGCUAGUGGAAGGAAGGUGGAAGGAACACAGAGAGCAUCUCAGCGGUCAGGUCGCGGUGGUGGUGGCGGUCGCGGUGGUGGGUAGACUUCAACCUCGAUCCAGCACCGCGAUACUUCGCGCGUUUAGUUGGCGCGCGGGGCCCCGGUGAUUGGGACGGCCAAUAGAGACACUCCGUGCAAGAAAAGAGAAAGAGAGUAGGGAACAAGAGACUGGGAUUGUCGGGAAGGAAGAGGAAGAAGACGAAGGGGACAACGACGAAGAAGAGCAAGAAGAAAGCGAGUGACGAGCGACGACCACACAGAGUGACGACGACCUAGACGAAGAAGACGACGACCGAAUCUCAGUUUUUUUCUGAACUUUCCCGUUUUUAUUACGGCCGUCUCGCGCGAGCCUGUAAAUUGCGAGUCGAGUCAGCCGAGCCGAGUGUGUGCACCUCGUUGUCUGCCUCUUGGGACCCACUGGGAAGUAAUCCCGGAGACAGGAAUAAGCGGCUGCUCGCCGUCGUCGCGCGGAGCUGCCGAGGAGGCAGGAGAAUCUCGGCUAGGGUGUCGGGAUACGGCUCGCACGGACGGCGACGGGGAAAACGCUCAUCCUCCGCUUCUGGAUACCUGGAGACGCGACCUGUUCUUCAAUAUUCCCAGGAGAAUUCUACGAAUAAGCGGCGGCAGUGGAGGUCGGGCUGAGGAAGAAGCCGCGGCGAAAGCAGGUUGGAUGGUGCCGCGGGUCGGCGCCGUUUGAACCGACGAGCAGGCGAAGGGCAGGAGAACAGAUCCCUCUUCCCUGCGGCCGCGCGAACGACAGUUUCGUCGUCGGUGUAGAGACAGGUGCGAAGGCGAGCCUCCAGAAUGGGGGUCGCCGACGACUUCGCGCCCAGCUUCACCCAGAAGCCGCAGCUGCGGCAGGAGGACGACGGCAACCGGCUGAUAUUCGAGUGUCAGCUGGUGAGCUCGCCGAAGCCCGAGAUUGCCUGGUUCCGCGGCGAGACCGAGCUCAGCCAGGAUGACAGGACCAACUUCAAGAUGCAGAGCGUCGGGACCAACAAGUUCCUGGUGGUGCUCGAGCUCGACGACGUCAUCGAGACCGACGCCGGCCUCUACAAGGUCAAGGCGAAGAACAAGAUGGGCGAGGUCGCCGCCUCCAUUAACCUCAACUUCAGUCUCGCCAGGCAACCCGCGAGAAGAGGACAAAUUGACGGCAUCGCGCCGACUUUCGCGAAGAAGCCCGCGAUUAGACAAGAGGACGACGGCAAACGGCUGCUCUUCGAGUGUCGCAUCACGGCCGAUCCCACGCCAAAAGUCACAUGGUUUCACGAUGGGAACAUGGUCAAAGAUUCGCCAAGGCACAAGCUGACCGUCGACAAAGAUGGCCACUCGUACUUCGCCACUCUGGAAAUAAAAAACGUGACCGUCGAGGAUGCUGGCAAAUAUAAGGUCACGGCGAAGAACGAGCUUGGCGAGUCUAAUGCCACGAUUUCCCUGAAUUUCGACAGCGACGAGGCACCCGUACCGGAAGACGGUAUUAAACCGACCUUCACCGAACGACCGGUGAUAAGACAAUCCGACGACGGUAACACCAUCACCUUCGAAUGCCGACUUGUCGGCGAUCCGAAGCCGAGUGUGAAGUGGUAUCACGGUACCGAGGAAGUGAAAGAGGGUGGACGAUUCAACACUUCCCUGGAACUCGAUCAGAAGCUGUACCACCUAGCGAGGCUGAGGAUCGACAACGUGGCGAAAGGAGACGCGGGGGAGUACAGGGCCGUGGCGAAGAACAAGCACGGCCAAGGGGUGGCGACGAUUAAUCUGAACUUCGAGGGUGGCGACAGGCUCAAAAUACCGGACGGUAAGCCACCGCGCUUCCCGAAGAAGCCGACGAUCCGCCAGGAGGGCGACAUACUUAUCAUGGAGUGCAUCCUGGAGGCACACCCGGUGCCGGACAUUACGUGGUACCAGGGUCAGAAAACGAUUGCCGACAGCAAGCGCGUCAAGAUGUCGCGCAAGGCCACUGGCAAGGACACGUACCUGCUGACCCUCGAGAUCUCGAACCCCACCAAGGCCGACGGCGGGAAUUACCGUUGCAACGCCUUUAACAACUUCGGCGAGAGUAACGCCAACAUCUCCUUGAACUUCCAAGAAGAGGGUGCGGGCUUCGCACCGUCCUUCGUCGAGAAACCUCGCAUUAUCCCGAACGAGAACGGCACGCUGAUCACCAUGAAGUGCAAGUGCAAAGCGAACCCCAAGCCGGAGGUUACGUGGUUCCGCGGCACCAACGUGGUCAAGGAGUCGUCAAAGAUCUCGAUCAAAACGAGAACGGUCGAAGAGGACAUCUACGAGCUUAUUAUGGAGAUCAAGGACCCAUCUGCACCUGAUGGCGGUACCUACAGGUGUCAUGUGAAGAACGAAUACGGCGAGAGCAACGCCAACCUGAACCUGAAUAUCGAAGCUGAACCAGAGCCAGAAGGAGACGGACCGACUUUCGUGGAAAAGCCGCGGAUACAGUCACAGAACAAAGGCAAACUCGUUAUCAUGGACUGUAAGGUCAAAGCAAAACCGAAGCCACAGAUCGUAUGGACUCACGCCGGCCAGGUGGUGAAGGAAUCCUCCAAGAUCUCCAUCAGUAUCGUAUACGAGAAAGAGGAUAUCUAUUACAUCAAACUCACUCUGAACGAUCCUGGAUCAGAGGAUUCCGGUCUUUAUAAAUGCAACAUCAAGAACGACCUCGGCGAACUCAACGCCAACCUUACGCUGAACGUGGAGAUUAUACCUGUGAUUAAGGAGAAACCAAAGGUGGUGAAGAUCAUUAAGAAGAAGACCGUGAUAGUAGAGUGUCAUGUUCUUUCUAAAUUCUCACCCGAUUGUACAUGGUUCAAGGAGAAUCAGCCCGUUAAAGAAGACAAUAGACACAAGCUGCUCGUCGACCAAGUCAAAGAAGGUGAAUUUUCCAUUAAACUCGAAAUCGAACAAAUGUCGGCGACAGACAAAGGUAUGUACAAGUUGGUAGCACGCAACGAAAAGGGCGAAGCCACCUCGCAAGUAGUCGAGGUGACGGAAAUCCCAGACCAAGGCGAGAAACCAAAAAUUGUUACCGGCCUGAAAUCAAUUACUGUCGAAGAAGGCAAGACUGUCGAAUUAAUCGCCAUCCUCGCAACGCAAGAUCGAAAAGUAACUAUCACCUGGUAUAGAGACUCAACGGUUGUCAAGGCGUCAAAGGACAUAAUGAUCUCCUUUAAUGGCUUGGACAUGAAAUUAACCAUCACUUCGGCAUCGACGGAAUUCUCAGGAACAUACAAAGUCGUCGUGAGCAACGAAUACGGCCAGGACGAAUCGUCGGCCCGACUCGUCGUCAAGAAGGAGGAAAAGAAAAAGGACGAAGAAGAGGAAGAGGAGAAGAAGAAAAAGAAGGUGGAAAAGAAGGAAGAAAAGAAAGAGGAAGAAAAGAAGGAGGAGAAGAAGAAAAUGGAGAUCCUACAGGAAACUCGAGAAACCACACCUAAACUCGAGAAAACCGCCGCGGCUCGCAAAGAGUCAAUCAGCAAGGUGCAGGAAAUUAAGCAAGAGAGUCGUCGCAGCUCACUCAUUACGACCGAGGGAAAGAUACUCGAUGAUGGCACCGCGACACUACGACGUGUUUCUAUACAGAAGACGGAAGAGGAAAUCAAGGUAGAGAGCAGACGAUCUUCGAUCAUAGAAAAGAAGAAAGCGACCGUCGAAAAGGAUACACCGAAAGAUAAAAUACACUUGCACGACACACUUAUGAGCAAGACACUCACACGCAAAUCCGACGAAGUACCGAAAAAUAAGACACACGAAACACCAUCGUAUAAGAUACAUCCACAGAAAUCUGACGAGAAAAUUGAGGAUAUUUGGUUGGCCAAGCCAAAAGAGCUCGACGUUGCAUCCAAGAGACACGAUAAAGAUAUUUCGAAAGAUAAAACACCUUCACAUGGCACACGUGACACACCUACAACUAAAACCUAUCCACACAAAUCCGACGAAGAAUCAAAAGAUAAAAAACAUCUACACGACACAUUUACAGAUAAAAAGUCUCCAAAUAAACCCGAAGAAGUGUUAAAGGAGAAAACAUAUUCGCGUGACGUGCGCACGGAUAAAAUACGUCCACAGAAAUCUGACGAGGAAAUCGAGGACAUUUGGUCGACUAAGCCAAAAGAACACGACACUGGAAGAUACGAUAAAGACAUAUCGAAAGACAAAACAUCUCCAUAUGGCAUAUGUACGGCUAAAAUACAGCCACAAAAAUCUGACGAGGAACCGAAAGACAAAGUACACUCGUCUGACAAAUUCGCAACUAAAACACAACCACAAAAGUCCGACGACAUAUCGAAAGACAAAAUAUAUCCAUGGGAUACACCCACAGCUAAAAUACAAACACGAAAGUACGAUGAAACACCAAAAGAUAAAAUACGCCCACGAGAUACACUCGCGACUAAAACACAAAAAUCUGACGAAGUACCGAGUGAUCAGACACGCCCACGAGAUACACUCACAGUUCAAACACAAUCACGAAAAUCUGACAUAGCAGUGAAAGAUGAAACAAGUCCACAGGAUACACUCAUAAUUAAAACACAGCAACGUAAGUCUAACGAUGUACCAAAAGAUGAAACGCGUCCACAAGAUACACCUACAAUUCAAACACAACCACGAAAAUCUGACACAGCAUCAAAAGAUGAAGUAAAUCCACGAGAUACACUCAUAAUUGAAACAAAACGACGUAAGUCUGACGAAGUACCGAAAGUUGAAGCGCGUCCACGAGAUAUACCCACAAUUCAAACACAACCACGAAAAUCUGAUACAGCACCAAGAGAUGAAAUAAAUCCACGGGAUACACUCAUAACUGUAACAAAGCGACGUAAAUCUGACGAAGCACCGAAAGGUGAAACACGUCCACAAGAUACAGCCACAGUUAAAACACAGUCACGAAAGUUCAUUGAUGGACAGAAGGAUGAAACACAUUCACAAGAUAUGCCUACAACUAAAACACAGCCGCGACAAUUCGACAAAGUGCAGAAAGACGAAGCACUUUCGCAAGAUACACACACAGCUAAAAUACAACCACGAAAGCCUGACGAACCAUUGAAAGAUAGAAUACACCUACACGAUACACCCACUGACAAGAUAUGUCCACGAGAAUCCGACGAGAAAACUGAGGACAUUUGGUCAACUGAGCCAAAAAAGCGCGAUAUUGCCCCCAGGAAAUAUAUCAAAGAUUCGCCGAAAGCUACGGACAAACCGUCCCGUCGUCAAUCUGACGAGAAGAUCGAGGAUAUUUGGUCGAGUCGAAGAGAACGUGAUGAUAAAUCACACAAAAAUUACGAGGAUUCGCCCAAAAUUAAGGACAAAUCUCCUCGUCGUCAGUCUGACGAGAAGAUCGAGAAUAUUUGGUCGAGUCGAAAAGAACGUGACGAUAGAUCACACAAAAAUUAUGAGGAUUCGCCCAAAAUUAAGGACAAAUCUCCUCGUCGUCAAUCUGACGAGAAGAUCGAGGAUGUUUGGUCUAAUUGCAAGGAACACAAAGAUAGGCACAAAAAUUACGAGGAUUCGCCUAAAGUUAAAGACAAAUCGUCCCGUCGUCAAUCUGACGAAAAGAUCGAGGAUAUUUGGUCCGGUCGGAAGGAGAACGAAGAUAAGCCGUACAAAAAUUAUGAGGAUUCACCCAAAAUUAAAGACAAAACUCCUCGCCGUCAAUCCGACGAAGAUGUCAAGGACGUGUGUUCUAGUCGGAAAGAACGUGAGAGCAGACCAUGCAAAAUCGACGAGGAUACACCGCAAAUCAAGACCACGCGACGUGUGUCGAAAGCCGACGAUCAAAGCGAAGUAGAUAGCGCGCCUUUGAGCAAACCGAAAGCACGCGAAGUCAAACCUACGCGAAGUAACGAGGACAAGUCACUGGAAGCGCAAAAGUCGAAAGGACCCGACGACAAACGCAUUCCACGUACUAAUGAGGACACGUCGCGCUCCACAGACACACAACAACAACUACACAAAACACCACUCGACCAAGAUGUCAAAACUUACUAUACACACUACAAUUACGAUAUUUGGGCACCAAAGUCCACCGAGCACAAACGGAAUUCCGUCACAGUCGACAAGGACGUUCUUUUACCUGCCACUAAAUCACAAACACAUGAAUCCGACGAUGAUAUCGAGGAUAUCUGGGCUUCGAGAACCGAGGACGACGCGCCCAAACCUAUCAAGAGGACGGAGGACUCGCAGAUUUCCAAAGUCGCGCCGUAUAAGAUCGAGGACAGAGUCGAGGAACCUACGUCCACAAACGCAUUUAAACCUACAAUCAAACCUAGGAGCAGCAUAAGCAAAGUUAAAGAAUCUACGGAGGACGAUAUACCCGAACACGAAAUAAGCGAGAGCAAACCCAAGAUCAGAGACACUGACUCUAGACUUGACAAGGAAGAAGCACCCAAGAAAAAGCUGUCCACUAGACGCAGGUCGUCUACUAAGUCAACCGAGGGCUCAGAGGACCAAGAACCGGUAUUGAAACCGAAGAAGAAGAAACCUAAACCCGUGGAUGACGUUAAGAAAGAGGAACCAAGCACAAAAGCGAAAACUCCCGGAAAACCAGAAACACGCAAGGAGGAAACUAAGCCUAAAGAGGAGGAAGCGAAGGUGGGACUGAAAGCCAAGACCAAGGCAGAGGAAGUAAAGGAAGCGCCAAAAUCCAAGUCUAGACCAGACGAGUCGAAGGAGGAACCAAAAGCCAAACCGAAAGCGGAGGAAGAAAAGGAAACACCAAAGGCCAAGCCUAAGCCAGACGAGCCGAAGGAGGAACCGAAAGCUAAAUCUAAAACAGAGGAAGUAAAGCAAACACCGACAUUCAAGCUCAAAGCGGAGGAGGACAAGGUCGAAGGCAAACCUAAGGCUAAACCAGAAGAGGCCAAGGAGACACCAAAAGGCAAACUUAAAUCAGACAAGCCAAAGGAGGAACCUAAAGAUAAAUCUAAAGCUGAGGAAGUGAAGAAAGAGGAACCCGCGAAGAAACCUACAGAUAAAUCAGAAGAACCAAAGAAAGAAGAAGAGAGGAAAAUGAGCCUGAAAUCUGUCAAGAAACUCGAGGAGGAGAAGAAGACUCAAGAAAAAGUCGAGCUUAAGCCGACCGAUGCGAAACCGAAACUCCGAAAAAUACCGCCGAAACAGGAAGCUAAAGCGGAAAGCUUUCAGGGGAUUCAACUUAAGCCAGUUACAAAAGACCCAAAAGAGGCUCAGAAGGCUGAAAAUGGGGUCGAGCUUAAGAAAACCGAGAAGGGUGAGAAACAGGAGGUGAAGAAGGUAAAAAUGUCGAAGGAAGCGAAGGAGGCAAGUUAUGAGCUUCCGGAGAUCCCGGAUUACGAGAGAGCCGUCCUCGAGAAACCUCAGGAGUUCGACUUUGGCGAGUUUACACCUCGCGACAAGACGAAACUCGAUAGGCCGACUACACAGAAAUUCGAUUCUAAGCCGAAGUUGCCGGAGAUCAAGGCGCCCGAAACACCAAAGAUCGAAGUUAUUAAGGACGUGACACCGGUCGGUAGCAGGAAAGGUUCCUUAGUGCCUGGAAGUGGUGCCAGCAGUCGACGCGGUUCACUCAUACCGCCCGAAGAAUUGGGUCGCAGACCCAGUCUGAUCAUCAGUGACGAGGAGCAUAGGAAGCUUCGUCCCGGCGAGGUGGUGGACGAGCGCAAGUUGAGAAAGUUACGGCCCGGUGAGGUGUUGGACGCAAAGACUAAGCUCGGCCGACUAGACGCGCUGCAGGAGAAAGAGCGUCGUCGUCCGAGCACAGCGGACAUCAGAAGACCCAGCGUGGCGGACCUCGAGAAUAAGAUCAAUCAGCCUAGCACACCUCUGCGAGAUGUCGGACCAGCUGGACCACCCCAGAUCGUCGAUGUCCAAGAGUCGUACUCCGCCGUCGAAGACUCGACGGCGUAUCUCACCGUCGCGGUGGAGGGCACGCCCGCGCCAACUUUCAAGUUCUACAAGGGCAUCACUGAGAUCAUCGAGGGUGGCCGCUUCAAGUUCCUCACGGACACGGAGACCAACACGAUCACCCUCUGCAUAAGGAAGACGAAGCCCAACGACGAGGGCACUUACAAGAUCGUCGUGAGCAACAUCCAUGGCGAGGAUUCCGCCGAGAUGCAGCUCUACGUUUCCGACGCCAGUGGUAUGGACUUCCGUGCUAUGUUGAAGAAGAUUAAGUAUCAGAAAUGGGGGCGAGAAGAGGUCGAGCAAGAAAAGGUGGACUUGAAGGAAGUCGAGAAGCCCAUGCCAGCGUUGAAGAAGGUGGAAAAGAAACCGGAAAGCUUCCUGAAGCCAUUGAUAGAUCAAUACGCCAAGGAGGGCAAGGACAAGAAAGUCACAUUCGAAGCGAACUUUACGAAACCGAACUGCAAGCCGAAAUGGUUCUUCCGAAAGGACGAAUUAUUCCCGUCAGCCAAGUACAAAUUCAAAAACGAGGAAGACUGCUACCAGCUGGUCGUCCUCGGACCCAAAGUCGAAGACACCGGAAAAUAUACAAUUGAAAUUUCCGGUGUAUCCAGCACAGCCUUCCUCAACGUGGAUGAACCUGAUCCAACGUACACCUUCACGAAGCCGUUGCAGAAGAACAUCAGCGGCUUUGCCCAGCAUGAAGCUUACAUGGAAUGUACAGUCAGUUCCAAUAUGGCGCAGGUACUCUGGUAUAGGGGCAAAACAAAACUCGAGGAUGGAGAUGUGUAUAGUAUCUCCAAAGACAUAGCCGGCGUUUGUCGGCUAACUUUAAAAAACGCGACUCUUGAAGACAGCGGCGAGUAUUCUUGUAAGAUAAGCAAACAAACGGACAAAACCGAGACGACUCUUUCCAUAAUUGAGUACCCUUACAAAUUCGUCAAGGUGCUGAAGCAUCAGCAAUUAGUAGAAAAAGAGGCGAUGGUUUUGAUUUGCGAAUUAGACGAUGCCGCGGGUGAAGUAAAAUGGUUUAAAGGCGACCAGGCGAUUACGCCUGAUAAGAGGGUGCAAAUCAAGGAAGACGGCAGGAAACGAAAACUCACCAUUAAAGACUGCAAGGUCACCGAUGCUGGACUCUACUCCUGCGUGAGCAACGCUGACAAGACAGAAGCCGAAAUUGUGAUAAUGUACGCCAAUCGCUUCAACAAGAAGCUGAAGGACACGGUCGCAGUCGAGAGGGAGAAGUUGGUGCUGGAUGUCGAGCUGCAGGAUCAAACCGCGCCAGCCAUAUUCUACUUUAAUGGCGAGAAGAUCGAGCCGAACGAGAGGAUAGAGAUUAAGAACCUGGGCGGUGGUAAGCACCAGUUGGUCUUCAAUCGAGUGGAGAUGACAGACGAUGGCGAGAUUAUGUGCGAGAGCGGUCAGCUGACCAGCAGUUGCAAGCUUACCGUGAGGAAAGGCGAGAGUAAGCCUAUAGUCGACUUCCCCGACAAAGUCGAAGGACCCUGCAGCGCACCACUGACCUUUGUCGUGCCUUUCAAAGUCGAUGGCACCAAACAGAGUCAAGUGGAAGCGAAGCUGAUGAAGGACGGCAAAGCACUACCUCUCAAGGAUGUCGAGAUUGUUGUAGGCGAGGAUAAGAUCACAUACAAGAUCAAGAAACCUCAACGCGAGUCGUCUGGAAUCUACCAGCUCAAAAUUAGUAACAAUCAGGGCGAAGAAGUGAAAGACGUCAAUAUUAUUAUGCAAGACGUUCCGUCUGCACCGACCGAUGUCGACGUCAAAGAUAUUUUCCACGACUCAUGCGUCGUGUCCUUCAAACCGUCGAAAGAUGACGGUGGCUCACCUAUCACGAAAUACGUCAUCGAGCGUCUCGAUCUGAGCCUGAAGUCGCAAUGGGAAAACGUGGGCGAAGUCAUGCUAGGCGAGAAGUGUGUCUAUAAGGUGACGGAUCUCGUGACGAAGAAGGAAUACAAAUUCCGCAUACGGGCGUUAAACAAACUCGGCUCCAGCGAACCGGCGCUGUUUGCCAAGCCCGUCUUAGCCAAGGAUCCAUGGGAUGAACCAGGCAAACCCAUGAAUGUCGAUAUCACCGAUUGGGACAAGGACCAUGCUGACUUGACAUGGACGAAACCCGACGACGACGGCGGUGCACCGAUCACCGGGUACAUAAUUGAGUACAAGGAGAAGUUCGGCAAAGAGUGGGUCACAGGCAAGGAAGUAGGAGAUGUUACUCAAGCGACUGUUGACGGUCUGAAGGAAGGCACACAGUAUGAGUUCAGGAUACGCGCAGUGAACAAGGCCGGUCCUGGCGAACCCUCCGAUACCACCAAGCCUAUCAUAGCGAAAUCUCGAUUUGUGAAGCCAUAUAUUAUCGGUGAUGGCCUCACAAAUCUAGUCAUCAAGAAGGGACAAGUUAUCAAGUUUGACAUUAAGUACGCCGGCGAGCCAGAGCCAGAGGUACAUUGGUUCCUAGGUCAAAAGGAGAUCUUCCAAGACGCGGCGGAAAGGAUCACGAUCGACAAGUACGAGAGGAAUACCGUGUUGACGGUCAGAAAGACCACCAGACCUGAUUCCGGAAAGUACAAACUGUUGUUGAAGAACAGCUCCGGUACCUGCGAGAGCACUAGCGAGGUCGUCGUUCUUGACAAACCAUCGAUCCCGAUUGGACCCCUCAAGACGGAGGAAGUACGCUCCGAUCAUGUCAAAGUCAAAUGGGACGCACCCGAAGAUAACGGCGGUACCGAAAUCACCGGUUACGUGUUGGAAAAAAUGGAUAUGGAUACUGGACGAUGGAUUCCAGCUGGAGAAGUCGGUCCUCACGAGAAGAUCUUCACGUUCUCCGGCCUGACGCCCAAAAAGAAGUACAAGUUCCGAGUCAAGGCCGUCAAUAAGGAAGGCGAGUCUGAACCAUUGGAGGUCGAGGAAGCUAUUGUCGCCAAGAAUCCUUACGAUGAGCCUGGUAAGCCUGGCAAGCCUGAAAUCUUCGACUACGACAACGUCAGUGUGUCCCUGAAAUGGGAGAAACCAAAAAGCGAUGGUGGACGAGUGAUCACGCAUUAUACCGUCGAGAUGAAGGAUAAAUUCGCCGUCGACUGGGUUGAAGUGAUGAAAACCACUGAUUCGACUCCUGAAGCUAAAGUAGAAGGCCUCAAGGAGAAGAUGGUCUAUCAAUUCCGCGUUCGCGCUCAUAAUAAGGCUGGUCCUAGCGAGCCUAGCGAUCCUACGGACAACCAUCUCUGCAAGCACAGGAAUCUGAGACCGAGAAUCGACCGAACGAACUUCAAGUCCAUCAUCAUUAAAGCUGGCCGCACACAUAAGUGGUCAGUGGAUGUUAGUGGUGAACCUCCGCCAGAAACCAAAUGGAUUUGGAGGGACAAUAUCCCGCUGACUACCACCGAGCGUAUCAAGAUCGACAAUGUCGACUAUCACACCGAUUUCACAAUCGUCAAUGCGAUGCGCAAAGAUACCGGAAAAUAUACUUUAGUCGCCGAAAACGCCAACGGCAAAGACGAAGAAACCGUCGAACUCACAGUACUAGGAAAACCAAGCGCGCCUAAAGGACCUCUAAAAGUCAGUGAUGUCACGAACACCACGGCUAAAGUGAAGUGGGAAAAGCCUGAGGAUGACGGUGGUGUGCCGAUCAAAGAAUACGAGAUCGAGAAGAUGGACACGAAAACAGGGAAAUGGGUCAGGGUGGGCAAGGUGCCUGGGAACUCUCCCAAUACAGAAUUCGAAGUUACCGGCCUGAAUCCAGGAAGCGAAUACAAAUUCCGCGUAACAGCUGUUAACGACGAGGGCGAUUCGGAACCUUUAGAAAGCGAUCGUGGCGUCAUUGCCAAGAACCCAUAUGAUGAACCGUUGAAGCCGGGAACGCCGGAAGUCACGGAUUACGACAACGAAUCCAUAAGCUUGAAGUGGGCCCCGCCCGAAUUCGACGGAGGAGCGCCGAUCGAGAAAUAUAUCAUUGAAAAGAAAGAUCGCUACAAGCCUGAUUGGGAGAAGGCCAUCGAGGUGCCUGGAAAUCAACUCGACGCCAAGGUACCGGACUUGAAGGAAAGGGGCGAAUAUCAGUUCCGAGUUAUCGCCGUGAACAAAGCCGGACCUUCACCUCCAUCUGAUGCAUCGAAGAUGCAGAUCUGCAAACACAAAGCUCUGAAACCGAGAAUCGAUAGAACGAACUUGAAACCGAUCAUCGUGCGAGCCGGCAAAAGCGUCAAGUACGACGUGGACGUACAGGGUGAGCCGCCGCCAGAGAUCAAGUGGUAUCACGCCAACAGCGAGGUGAAAUCCGGCGAGAAUAUCGAGAUCAUCAAUGUCGACUACAACACGAAGAUCACUAUUAGCGACAGCUUGCGCAAGAACACCGGUGUAUGGAAAAUCAAGGCUGUCAAUUCUCACGGCGAGGAUGAAGCGGAAGUUGAAAUAACAAUAUUAUCGGCUCCUGGAAAGCCAAAGGGACCGCUCAAAGUGGCGGACGUCACGAAGAACGGCUGCAAGCUGAAGUGGGAGAAACCAGAAGAUGACGGCGGCAAACCGAUCACUGGUUAUCAAAUAGAAAAAUUAGAUAAAUCAACUGGCAGAUGGGUACCUGUCGGUCGUACCGCGGAUACCGAAAUGGACGUAAAGGGUCUUCAAGAAGGACACGAGUACGAGUUCAGAGUGAAAGCUCUGAAUGAGGAAGGAGAAUCAGAACCGCUCGUGUCAGAUGGUUCCACGCUCGCAAAGAAUCCUUAUGAUGUAACCAGCAAGCCUGGAACACCAGAACUUGAGGACUGGGACGUCGAUCGUGUGGAUCUCAAGUGGGAACCUCCCAAGAACAAUGGCGGUGCAGCGAUCACCGGGUAUAUCAUCGAGAAAAAGGAGAAACCAUCUUCGCAUUGGGAGGAAGCUCUCGUCACCGACUCGCCUCAGCCGAAAGGCCGCGUUACCGGCUUGAAAAAGGGUUCUACUUAUCAAUUCCGCGUUCGCGCUGUUAACAAGGCUGGACCGUCGGAGCCCAGCGAUCCAACCAAACCGCAUGUUGCUAAAGCGAGAUUCCUGAAACCGCACAUCAAUCGUGACAAACUGCAAACUAUCAAAGUCAGAGCAGGCCAAUUGGUCAAGCUCGAGGUUGACAUUGAAGGUGAACCUCCUCCAACUGUUACAUGGAGCUUUGCUGGUGCACCACUCCAGACCGGAGCCAACGUGAAGAUUGAUAACGAAGACUAUCUCACCAAGAUCCAGUUGACGAAUACCAGUCGUAAAUUAACUGGCAAAUACACUAUCAAGGCUGUGAACGAUUCCGGGCAAGAUGAAGCUGACGUAGAAAUUAAUAUACUCGACAAGCCUGGAAAACCGGAGGGACCACUGGAAGUCACGGACGUGCACAAGGAGGGAUGCAAAUUGAAGUGGAACAAGCCGAAGGACGAUGGUGGUCUUCCUCUAUCCAGCUAUAUAGUGGAGAAGAUGGAUGUGACAACGGGUCGUUGGAUGCCAGCUGGUAUCGUGGAUCCUGACAAAACUGAGCACACGCUUACUGGUUUGGAGCCCGGCAAGAAGUACGAGUUCCGUGUGAAGGCUGUAAACGAGGAGGGAGAAUCGGAGCCUCUACAAACCGAUACCGCCAUCUUAGCCAAGAAUCCAUAUGACGCUCCAGCAGCACCUGGACUUCCAGAAAUUAUUGAUUGGUCAGAAAAUAUGGUAAAACUCAAAUGGGAACCACCAAUAAGGGACGGUGGAGCACCGAUUACCGGAUACAUCAUCGAGAUGAAAGAUAAGUUCGGUACCAGCUUCGUUAAAGCGGCUGAAGUACAAGGACCUAUGUGUACUGGGACAGUUCCCAGAUUGGAAGAAGGAAAUCAGUAUCAAUUUAGGGUACGUGCGGUCAACAAAGCUGGUCCUGGUGAACCUAGCGAGGCCACUAAUCCGCACACCGCUAAAGCUCGUUGGCUGAAACCAUAUAUCGAUCGCACAAACUUGCAAGCUAUAACGGUGAAGGUCGGUCUUACUGUGACUUUGGACGUUAACAUAAUUGGCGAACCACCGCCAAAAGUCACUUGGACCUUCAAGGACAAGGAACUCGUGUCAGACGAUACGCUACGCAUCGACAACAUUGACUACAACACCAAGUUCUUCAUCCUGAAAACUAAACGCGCGCAUACCGGCAAGUACGUGAUCAAGGCGAAGAACGAGGUCGGAGAAGAUACCGCCGAAGUGGAAAUCACUGUGCUUGGCAAGCCGAGUAAACCGAAGGGUCCGUUGGAAGUGUCAGACGUGAACAAACACGGAUGCAAACUCAAAUGGGACAAGCCUGAAGACGACGGUGGUUCGCCGGUCGAGUACUACGAGAUCGAAAAACUGGAUCCUCUCACAGGACAAUGGAUACCCUGCGGCCGCAGCAUCGAGCCGGAAGCUACUAUUACCGGGCUGCAAGAGGGCAAGCCUUAUAAAUUCCGCGUGAAGGCGGUCAACAGAGAAGGAGAGUCCGACGAUCUGGAAGCAGACAAAUCCAUCAUUGCCAAGAAUCCAUUCGAUGAACCUGGCAAGCCUGGUCGACCAGAACUUAAGAAUUGGGAUAAGGACUUUGUAGAUCUCGAAUGGACUCCGCCAAAGGAUGACGGCGGUGCACCGAUCGAAAAAUAUAUUGUGCAGAUGCGAGAUAAAGAGGGUAGGCAGUGGGUGGACGUUGCUAAGGUGCCGGGAGAUCGCACCGCUGCCAAGGUAACUGAUGGUAUUCAGGAAGGACAUGAGUACGAGUUCAGGAUCGUGGCGGUGAACAGAGCUGGACCUGGUGAACCCAGCGACAACUCGAAGAGCGUCAUUGCUAAACCUCGAUUCUUGGCUCCGCGCAUCGAUCGCAAGAAUCUCCAAAAGAAAGUUAUGCGAGUUGGCCAGAUGCUGCGAAUCGAGGCUGACAUCAAAGGUGAGCCGCCUCCAGUCGUCACGUGGAAACUUAAAGAUGCGGUGUUGAAGAGUAUGGAUCGCCUUAAAAUCGAGAAUGAAGAUUACCACACCAUGUUUAUCCUCAACAAGCUCAAGCGCUCAGACGGCGGCACUUACACCGUCAUCGCCAAGAACGACAGUGGUACCGAUCAAGUCGAUGUCGAAAUUCAGGUGUUGAGCAAGCCCAGCAAACCGAAAGGUCCGCUCGAAGUGUCUGAUGUAACGGCAGAAGGUUGCAAGUUGAAAUGGGACAAACCCGAGGACGAUGGUGGCGAACCAGUCGACCAUUAUCUCAUCGAAAGGAUGGAUGUGGAUAGCGGACGUUGGGUUCCAUGUGGCACCAGUAAGACUCCCGAGGCAGACGUGUCUGGCCUGAACGAGGGCAAGGAUUAUCAAUUCCGUGUCAAAGCUGUUAACUCCGAGGGCGAGUCCGAACCUCUGGAGACGAGUAUUCCAACCACUGCCAAGAAUCCUUAUGCUGAACCUGACGCACCUGGCAAACCCGAAUUAAAGGACUGGUCGAAGAAUCACGUGGACUUGAAAUGGAAGGCCCCAAAGAAGGAUGGUGGUGCUCCUAUCGAAAAAUAUAUCAUUGAAAAGAAGGACCAAUACGGCAAGUGGCAGAAGGCCGCAGAAGUGCCGGGCAAUAAGACAGAAGGCAAAGUGCCGGAUCUCGUGGAGGGUCAAAAGUAUCAAUUCCGGGUAAAGGCCGUCAACAAGGGCGGUCAGAGUAAACCCAGCGAGCCCAGUGACACAUUGACCGCCAAGGACCGCUACGCGGCGCCCAAGAUCGAUCGCACCAAUCUAAAAGACAUUACGAUUAAGGCUGGCAACGUCAUUCGGCUGGACGUCAAAGUGACGGGCGAACCACCGCCAUCAAAGACUUGGUUCCUGAACAAGGCCAAGCAAGAAUCCAGCAACGGCCUGACCAUUGAGACAGAGGAGUACAAGACGAAGUUUGUGGUCUCGUCAGCAACUAGAGCGCACUGCGGCACUUUAACCUUAAAGGCGGAGAAUAGCUCUGGCAAAGAUGAGGCGUCGAUCGAGGUCUUGGUGUUGGACAAACCUAGCAAGCCGGAAGGACCGCUCAAGGUUUCAGAUGUACACAAAGAAGGUUGUACUCUCAAAUGGAACCCACCUAUGGACGACGGCGGUGCUCCCUUGGACCACUAUGUGGUCGAGAAAAUGGAUACGGAGACCGGCAGAUGGAUACCGAUUGGACGCACCAAGGAUCCCAACAUGGAGGUGGAGAAUUUGGUGCCUGGACAAGAAUACAAAUUCCGAGUUGCGGCUGUGAACGCAGAAGGCGAAUCCGAACCGUUGGAAACCGAGCAUGGAAUCAUCGCGAAGAAUCCAUUCGAUGAACCUGAUGCACCAGGACGUCCAGAAGCGACCGAUUGGGACAAGGAUCACGUGGACUUGCGAUGGACUCCACCGUUGAACGACGGCGGAUCUCCAAUCACCGGAUACGUGAUCGAGAAGCGGGAGAAGGGUGCGCCCAAGUGGACGAAGGCGUGCGAGACUGGACCAGAUUGCAAAGGCCGUGUUGACCAUCUCGACGAGGGUGUCGAGUACGAGUUUAGGGUCAAAGCCAUCAAUGCUGCGGGACCUGGCGAACCGUCCGACGCCAGCAAACCGAUCACUGCCAAGAGUCGAAGACUCGCACCGAAGAUUGACAGGCGAAACCUGCGCGACCUAACUGUACGCGAGAACGAGGCAUUCCACUUCGACGUGAAAAUCAUCGGAGAACCGCCGCCAGACGUCACAUGGGUGAUCAACAACAAGAGUAUUCAGCAGACCACAUACCGCAGGAUACAGAAUGUACCUUACAACAGCAAAUUCUUCAACGACAAGCCUGAACGUAAGGAUAGUGGGACUUACAAGAUCACGGCGGUCAAUCAACACGGAUCCGACACCGCCGAGGUCGAAGUUACCGUUGUCUCCAAGCCUGGUAAACCAGAGGGACCACUAGAAGUGUCUGACGUGCACAAGGAAGGAUGUACGCUCAAAUGGAAGAAACCCAAGGAUGACGGUGGAGAACCGAUCGAGGGAUACCUUGUGGAGAAAUUCGAUCCAGAAACUGGAGUCUGGUUGCCGGUUGGCAAAACUACCGGCCCUGAAAUGAAAGUUGAGGGACUUACACCUGGACACGAGUACAAGUUCCGAGUAAAAGCACUCAACAAGGAGGGCGAAUCCGAGCCGUUAGAAACUUUCAGUUCUAUCAUAGCCAAAGAUCCGUUUACUGUGCCAGCAGCUCCUGGAGCACCGGAACCGGUCGAUUGGACAGCCAACCAAGUAGAACUCGCCUGGAAAGAGCCGGUUAGCGACGGUGGUUCACCCAUCACGGGCUACAUUAUCGAGAAGAAAGACAAAUACAGUACUAUGUGGGAGAAGGCCUUGGAGACCAAUACACCAACUACUAAAGCUUUGGUACACGGUCUGAUAGAAGGCAAUGAUUAUCAGUUCCGCGUGAUUGCUGUGAACAAGGCCGGUCAAUCGGAGCCAGGUGAAGCCAGCAAGACGUUCACGGCUAAGCCACGCUUCUUGGCCCCGAAGAUCGACAGGCGCAAUUUGAGGGACGUUACCCUGUCUGCUGGCUCAAUGUUGAAGUUCGACGCCAACGUGAUCGGCGAGCCGCCGCCCCACAUCGAUUGGCGUUAUGGCGCGAUACCGUUGCAUUCCGACAGAAAGGUGCAGAUCGACAACAGCGAUUACAACACCAAGUUCAGCAUACGGCCGGUGUCGCGAGACGACAGUGGCGAUUACACCGUCACCGCGAGCAACUCGUCGGGCAAAGACUCGGUGACGGUGCAGGUGACAGUGACCGACAAGCCGACGCCGCCUGAGGGACCGCUUCAAGUGACGGAUGUGCAUAAGGAGGGAUGUAAGUUGAAGUGGAAGAGGCCCAAGGACAACGGAGGCACACCCAUUGAGUAUUACCAGGUGGAUAAGAUGGACCCGGAGACCGGAUGCUGGGUACCUUGUGGACGUUCUGCAGAACCGAAUCUCGAAGUAACAGGUCUAACACCUGGCAAGGAGUACCUCUUCCGCGUGGCUGCGGUCAAUGCUGAAGGAGAGUCGAAACCCUUGGAAGCGGAACAAGCGAUAUUAGCCAAGAAUCCGUUCGACGAGCCAGGCAAGCCGGGUGAUCUUCGCGCUACUGACUGGGACAAGGAUCACGUGGAUCUCAAGUGGACACCGCCUGAAAACGACGGUGGUUCACCGAUCACUGGUUACGUAAUCGAGAAGAAGGACAAAUACGGCGAAUGGGAGAAGGCGCUGGAAGUGCCCGCGGAUGAGACUUUCGCCACUGUGCCUGACUUGAUCGAGGGUCAACCGUACGAAUUCCGCGUGCGAGCGGUGAACAAGGCCGGUCCGGGAGAACCUUCGGACGCUACACCGACCAUCAUCGCCAAGCCGCGCAACCAAGCGCCGAGGAUCGAUCGCACGAAUCUGAUCGAAGUGAGGAUCAAGGCCGGUCAGAACUUCAGCUUCGACUGCAAGGUGACGGGUGAGCCACCUCCGACCACCAAAUGGAUGUUGAACGGCAAAGAAGUCCGACCGACUGAACGUGUCAAAGUGAAACAUGUAGACUACAACACCAGCUUGAGCGUGAGAAUGGCCACGCGAGCAGAAUCCGGCAAAUACACAGUUAUCGCGGAGAACAUCAACGGCAAGGACGAGGCCUUCGUUAAGGUGACUGUCUUGGCCCAGCCGAGUCCGCCACAGGGUCCGCUCAAAGUGUCUGACGUACAUGCUGAAGGAUGCAAACUCGCAUGGAAGCCACCCGAAGACGACGGUGGACAACCGGUGGAGAAGUACGUCGUGGAGAAGAUGGACGAGGUUACCGGUCGCUGGGUACCGGCCGGAGAGACCGACGGGCCAGAAACAAAUCUGCAGGUAGAGGGUCUGACACCGGGGCACAAGUACAAGUUCCGGGUGAGGGCCGUCAAUAAGCAGGGCAAGUCCGAGCCGCUCACCGCCAUGCAGAGCAUCGAGGCGAAGAAUCCAUUUGACGAGCCAGGAAAACCCGGCACGCCAUCGGUGGCUGAUUACGACAAAGACUUCGUCGAGCUCCAAUGGAAACGUCCCGAGGAAGACGGUGGAUCACCGAUUACUGGUUACAUCAUAGAGAAACGCGACAAGUACAGUCCGACGUGGGAGAAAUGCGCGGAAGUCGACGGUGACGUGAACCGCGGCAAAGUUGAGGACUUGGUCGAAGGGACUCAAUAUGAAUUCCGUGUAAGGGCUGUCAACAAAGCCGGUCCUGGUGAACCAUCCGAGGCAUCGAAGCCUCAUACAGCACGACCUAAGAACCUUCCACCGAAGAUCGACAGGAAGUACAUGCUGGACGUGAAGGUCCGAGCCGGUGGCUUCUUUGACUUCGACGUACCGGUAAUCGGUGAGCCACCUCCAACCAAAGAAUGGUCGCUAAAGGACGCCGUAGUGAUAGCGAGCGACCGCGUCAAGAUCACCAACGAGGACUACAACACCAAAGUGCGCAUAAUGGAGGCGAAACGUUCCGAUUCCGGCGUCUACACGCUAGUGGCCAAGAACAUAAACGGCAAGGACACCGCCACAUUAAACGUGAACGUGCUGGACAUACCCUCUCCGCCGGAGGGCCCGUUGAAAGUGGACAAAGUCACCAAGAACGGAUGCACACUCAAAUGGCGACCGCCGAAGGACGAUGGCGGCUCCGAAAUCCAAUAUUACCAAGUCGAGAAGAUGGAUAUGGAAAACAUGCGUUGGGUGCCCGUGGCCGAGGCUAGCAUUCCCUCCGCUCGAGUAGAUCAUCUCAUCGAAGGUCACGACUAUCAGUUCCGCGUGCGCGCGGUCAAUAAGCAAGGCGAGUCCCAACCGUUGACGGGAUUGGACACCAUCACCGCCAAAGAUCCUUUCGCCAAGCCGGACAAACCCGGAGCGCCGGUGGCCACCGACUGGGACAAAGACCACGUGGACCUCGAAUGGGCGCCACCCAAGAAAGACGGUGGGUCGCCUAUAACUGGAUAUAUCAUCGAGAAGAAACCUCGUUUUGGACAAUGGGAGAAGGCCGCCGAGAUAUCCGGAGAUAAGACCAAUGCCAGAGUACCGGACUUGGUAGAGAAUCAGGAAUACGAGUUCAGGGUGAUAGCUGUGAACAAGGGUGGACCUGGAGAACCGUCCGACGCGUCGGCUCCGAUUGUCGCCAAGCCGCGCUUCAUCGCUCCUUCGUUCGACACGCAUUUGCUGAACGACUUGGUGGUACGCGCUGGUCAGAAGAUCAGCUACACCAUUCCCAUCGUGGCGUCGCCUAAACCGAAAGCAACAUGGUCUCGCGACGGAGUCCAGAUCGUAGCUGACGCUCGUCAUGAGAUGUAUACCACUAACACCGAAACAUCCUUCGAGAUUCCGUUCUCCGUCCGCGGUGAUACUGGACGUUACACUCUAACUUUGGAAAAUGAACAUGGCAGUUUCAGUGCUAGCGCGAGAGUCACUGUCCUCGAUAGACCAGCGCCACCGGAGAAGCCGCUGGACGUCACCAACGUCACCAAAGAGGGUUGCCACUUAACCUGGGGCCAUCCUCUCGACGACGGCGGCAGUCCCAUUCUACACUACGUUGUCGAAAAAAUGGACCUGUCUCGAGGAACUUGGUCCGACGCCGGCAUGAGCAUGGUGCUGAGUCACGAGGUCAGUCGUUUGACCCAUCGCAAGGAAUAUCUAUUCCGCGUCAAGGCUGUCAACAAUAUCGGAGAGUCCGACCCGCUCGAGACCACGAAGAGCAUAAUCGCGAAGAACGAAUUCGAUGAACCAGAUGCACCUGGCAGACCACUGAUCACAGACUGGGACAAAGAUCACGUGGACUUGCAAUGGCCAGCGCCGAAGAACGACGGUGGAUCACCGAUCACGGGUUAUAUCGUUCAGAAGAAGGAAAAAGGCAGUCCUUACUGGGUCAACGCGAUACAUGUACCAGCAAAACAAACUAACACAACCGUUCCGGACUUGACGGAAGGCCAAGAAUAUGAGUUCCGUGUAAUCGCUGUCAAUGCCGCCGGUCAAUCCGAGCCAUCUGAACCCAGCGACCUUGUCACUGCCAAACCUCGCUAUCUGGCUCCAAAGAUCAAGACACCUUUGCAAGAUAUUCGUAUCAAGGCUGGACUCAUCUUCCACGUGGAUAUCGACUUCAUCGGCGAGCCAACACCGGAGGUAACCUGGAGCGUUGGAAGCAACGAACUGCAGACCAACGACAGGACGACGGUCACGUCGAUAGGCUACCACACGAUCGUGCACAUUGUCAACGCUAAGAGAUCCGACUCGGGAUUGUAUCACUUGUUGCUGAAGAACAGCAGCGGCAUAGACGAAGGUAGCUUCCAAAUGACCGUCUUGGAUAAGCCUGGACCACCAGAAGGUCCCUUGGAGUAUGAAGAGAUCACCAACCAAUCCGUCACGCUUUCCUGGAAACCACCCAAAGACAACGGUGGCAGCGAGCUUACUGGAUACGUUAUCGAGAAACGCGAUAUCACUCAUGGUGGCGGCUGGGUACCAGCAGUUACGCACGUUAAUCCCAAGUACAAUCACGCUACAGUACCAAGGUUGCUCGAGGGAACCACGUAUGAAUUCCGUGUGUGCGCGGAAAAUCUACAAGGCCGGUCCGAGCCAUUGACCACCGACCGAUCUGUCGUUGCCAAGAACCAAUUCGUGGCUCCUGGACAACCCGGCAAGCCGGAAUGCGUGGAUGCCGACAAGGACCACAUCAAGAUCAAAUGGAGCCCUCCGAUCAGCAAUGGUGGCUCCAAAAUUAUUGGUUACGAUGUGGAACGUCGCGAUCGUGCCACUGGUCGCUGGAUAAAGCAAAACAAAGAGCCUGUCAGAUACCCUGAAUUCUACGACGAUCAUGUGACCGAGGGUCACCAGUACGAGUACCGAGUGUCGGCUAUAAACGCCGCUGGUGCGGGAAAACCGAGCGAGACUUCGUCCGUGUUCACUGCUAAGCCCAUGAAGGAGAAACCGAAACUCCACUUGGACGCUCUGAUCGGCCGCAAGAUCAAGGUCCGUGCUGGAGAACCCAUCAACGUCAACAUACCGUUGUCCGGUGCGCCCACGCCGAAAGUCGAAUGGACCAAGGCUGGAAGAUCGCUCACGGAAACCCUUCGUAUCUCGACCGAGACCAAGAGCGAUCGAACGCAGUUGUUAAUCGAUAAGUCCGUGCGAGAUGACAGCGGUACUUACACCGUGACCGCAAGAAACGAGCAUGGAAAGGACUCUGCCGAGAUCGAGGUGAUUGUCGUGGAUAAGCCUGGACCACCUCAAGGCCCUCUGCAAUACACCGGCACGACGCAGGAAUCCGUCGCGCUCGCUUGGAAUCCGCCGGUGGACGACGGUGGAUCCGAUAUCACCAACUACAUCGUCGAGGUGUCGGAUUACGGAUCUGACAAUUGGCGACAGGCACCUGGUUACUGUCCCAGGACGAGCUUCACGGCGAAAGGCCUGAUCGAGGGCAAGAAAUACGUCUUCAGGGUCCGCGCUGAGAACAUGUACGGUGUCUCGGAGCCGUUGGAGGGCAAACCUGUGAUCGCCAAGAGCCCCUACGAUCCGCCGGAUGCGCCAAGCCAGCCUGAGAUUCUUGGCUACACUCCUAACAGCUGCAGUCUCACCUGGAACCCACCUAUUAAUACCGGCGGCAAGCCUAUCACCGGUUAUUACGUGGAGAGACGCGAGCGUGGAGGAGAAUGGUUGAAAGUGAACAAUUACCCAACGCCGAACACAACAUUUACCGUACAGGAUCUUCAUGAGGGGUCGCGAUAUGAGUUCAGAGUAAUCGCUGUUAAUGAAGCUGGUCCUGGUAAACCUAGCAAACCCACUGAACCCAUCACUGCCGGACACCAACGUCGACGUCCUGAUGCACCUGAGCCGCCUAAGCCGGACAGGAUAACUAAGGACUCGGUGACGUUGAGUUGGCGAUCACCGCGAAGUGAUGGCGGCGCGAAGAUCAGAGGCUACAUUAUCCAAAAGAAGGCCAAGGGUGAAGACGAAUGGUCAGAUGUAAACGGCGCGCCCAUACCGGGCAACGUACACACUGUGCCAAAGCUGAAGGAGGGCGAGGAGUAUCUCUUCAGAGUAUUCGCGGUGAACGACGUUGGUAGCAGCGAUCCAAGCCGACCUAGCAACCCCAUCAUUAUCGAGGAGCAACCCAAUAAACCUGUCAUGGAUCUUGGCGGAGUUCGCGACAUCACCGUUCGCGCUGGCGAGGACUUCUCUAUACAUGUACCUUACAUUGGUUUCCCCAAGCCGACUGCUACGUGGUUUGCCAACGACGUCGUCAAGGAUGAGACUGAUCCGCGCGUGCAUCAGCAGCUGACCGACGAUUUCGCCAGUCUUGUGGUAAAGAAUUCGAAACGUUCGGACGGAGGACAGUACAGACUCCAACUGCGCAACUCAUCCGGCUUCGACACGGCAACCGUCAACGUGAAGGUUCUCGAUCGUCCAAUGCCACCCGAAAAUCUUCGAGGUGACGAGUUCGGUGGUGAUGCUCUCACCCUCUUCUGGAGCCCGCCUAAGGAUAACGGCGGUGCUGAUAUCACUAACUAUGUGAUAGAAAAGAAAGAACCGAAGUCCGCUACGUGGUCGAAGGUGAGCAGCUACGUCACGACACCAUUUGUACGAGUUAGGAAUUUAACUGUUGGCCAAGUCUAUGAAUUCCGGGUGAUGGCUGAGAAUCAGUACGGCACUUCGGAUCCAGUGAUGACGACUGACCCGAUCAAAGCAAGACAUCCCUUCGAUCCACCAGGUGCUCCCGGGACACCUCGCGGUUUGGAGACUACGGAAGACAGCAUCACCAUCACAUGGACCAAGCCCCGUCACGAUGGCGGUUCUCCGAUCAUCGGAUAUGUUGUCGAGAAGCGUCUUCUGAGCGAGGAUAAGUGGGUGAAAGCUACACCGUCUCUGGUACACGAUACCACUUACAAAGUCACUGGAUUAAUCGAGAAUCACGAUUACGAGUUCCGCGUGGCCGCGGAAAAUGCUGCAGGCCGUGGACCUUGGAGCUCGAAUUCCGACGUUAUUCGUGCUAGUGCUGCACCAUUCCCGCCGAAGAUCACGAGUGACCUCAGCAUCCGCGACAUGACUGUGAUCGCUGGAGAACCAUUCACCAUCACGGUACCGUACACAGCUAAUCCCAAGCCAAGACCGAACUGGUCUAUCAAUGGCGAGGAAGUACUCACUGGCGAAAGGAUCAAGUUCGAGACGACCGAUGUGGCCUCGCAAUUUAUUAACAAGAAGGCGAAGAGAUCGGAUACUGGAACGUAUACGAUAUAUCUCACGAAUACCGUCGGUACGGAUUCCGCCUCUUGCAAGGUCCUUGUUGUCGAUAAGCCAUCACCACCAUUGGCACCUUUGGACAUCUCCGAUAUCACACCAGAAACCUGCACACUGUCGUGGAAGCCACCGUUUGACGACGGCGGUUCACCAAUUACAAAUUACAUCGUUGAGAAGCUGGAUCCAGCCGGUUUUUGGAUGAAAGUCAGCAGCUUCGUGAGGAGCACGCAUUACGACGUGAUCGGUUUGGAACCGAAUCGCACGUAUAACUUCCGCGUACGAGCGGAAAAUCAGUACGGCAUAUCCGAACCGCUGCAGGCUGAUGAACCAAUAACGGCCAAGUUCCCAUUCACGGUACCAGACCCACCUGGACAGCCGCGUGUCAUCGAUUGGGACACUUCAAAUGCUACUGUGGUCUGGACAAAGCCAUUGUCUGAUGGUGGAUCUCGCAUUCAGGGUUACAAAAUCGAGUUCCGCGAUCCUGCUGAAGACGUGCAAUGGCGCGUGGCGAACGACUACCUCUUCAAGGACACCACAUACGUGUGCUACAAUCUGUUGAGCGGCCACGAGUACGAGUUUAGAAUCCGCGCGAAGAACGCAGCUGGCUUCAGCAAGCCGAGCCCGCCGUCUUUGCCGUUCAAAAUCAAGAGCAAGUUCAACGUGCCAUCACCGCCUGGCACGCCGCAAGUCACCAAGGUCGGUAAGAACUACGUCGAUCUCAGAUGGGAGCCACCCGUGUCCGAUGGCGGCAGCAGAAUCACCGGCUAUGUGAUCGAGAAACGCGAGGUGGGCAGCGCGAUGUGGGCCAAGUGCAACGAAUACAACGUCGUGGACACCGAGUACACCGUCAUGCAUUUGAUCGAGCGGGGCGAUUACGAGUUCCGAGUCUUCGCGCUCAACGCGGCUGGUAGAUCCGAGCCGAGCUCGUGCACCACCCCAGUGAAAAUCUGCGAAGUCGAGGGAGGCAUAAAGCCCGAGUUUAUUAGGAAUUUGCCCAUCAGUCAAAUUAUACCACUCGGCAAGACCCUUGUCCUCGAAUGUGAAGCCACGGGUAAACCCUUGCCAACCGCCAGGUGGCUGAAGAACGGCCGGGAGAUCACUCUCGGCGGUCGUUUCCGCGCAGAGGCUUUGAACGGUAUCUAUAGGCUGGUAAUCUCCGAGGUGUGGGACGCAGAUGACGGCGAUUACAGCUGCCAGAUCUCGAACCCGCUCGGCAUCGCCACGACCACGUGCAGGCUGAAGAUCGGCACGCCGCCACGUAUUGAGCGCAUGCCGGGUGAUCUCUACUUACCGGAAGGCGACAAUACGAAGAUCAAGAUCUACUAUAGCGGCGACCAGCCGAUGGAGGUGACCCUGAAGAAAGACGGCCGCCAGAUCGUGGAGACCACGCACAUCAAGUACACGGUCUUCGACGAGUACCUCAUUAUUUACAUCAAAGACAUCCAGAAAGACGACGCCGGCAUUUACGACUUGUCCAUCUCCAACGAUAGCGGCAGCGUCAGUGCAUCCUUCAACGUCUACAUCACCGGACUGCCCGGUCCUCCGAUCGGGCCUCUCGACGUGUCCGAUAUCGACAAGCAUACCUGCACUCUAUCCUGGCAUCCACCCAAAUACGACGGCGGCCUCAGAAUCACCCAUUACGUAGUGGAACGCCGCGACGUCAGUCAUACGCAUUGGAUCAUCGUAUCGUCCUUCUGCAGGGACACCACCUUUGUCGUGCAAGGUCUCACCGAGGGUCAAGAGUAUCUCUUCAGGGUAAUGGCGGCUAACGAUAACGGCAUGGGCCCGCCACUAGAAGGUACUAAUCCGAUCAAGGCAAAGGCGCCCUUCGAUCCACCAGGACCACCCGGUACACCCAAGGUCACUGAAGUCGGUGGCGAUUUCGUCAAUUUAUCGUGGGAGAAACCAGAGACGGACGGCGGCGCCAAGAUCCAGGGCUACUGGAUAGACAAGAAGGAGGUUGGCAGUCAAGCUUGGCAACGUGUGAACGUCAGUAUCUGCCUGCCGACGCAGAUCAACGUCAGUAACCUCAUCGAGGGCAGGCAGUACGAGUUUCGAGUGUUCGCUCAAAACAUAGCUGGCCUCAGCCUGGAAUCAAAAGCCUCAACCUCCGUGAAGAUCGUCGACCCGCAGGCGGCAAAGGCUCCGGAAAUUAUCCAGCCCCUCAGCAAGGUGAACUGCGUCCAAAACCACAAUGCUCACUUCCACUGCAAGAUCAUCGGCACACCGAAACCAACCAUCACCUGGUUCAAGGGAGCCCGCGAGAUCGUCAGCGGUAGCCGCUAUAACAUCUACUCCGAAGGUGAAGCACACAACCUCAUCAUCCACGACGUAUUUGGCGAGGACGCGGACGAGUACUUCUGCCGCGCGGCGAAUAAGUGUGGUGUAAAGUCCACGAAGGGCGAACUCUUCAUCAAGACACCUCCUAAACUAAAUGUGCCGCCGCGAUUCCGUGACACCGCCUUCUUCGACAAGGGCGUGAACGUCGUCAUCAAGAUCCCGUUCACCGGUUACCCCAAGCCGAAGAUCACGUGGGUGCGCGAAGGCGAAGUGAUCGAGUCUGGCGGUCAUUACGCCGUCGAGGUGAAGGAACGGCACGCCGUGUUGACCAUUCGCGAUGGCAGCCGCAUGGACUCCGGUCCGUAUCGCAUCACUGCCGAGAACGACCUCGGCCAGGACUCCGCCAUCAUCAAGAUCCAGAUCAGCGACCGUCCAGACCCACCAAGGUUCCCACAGGUGGACAACGUCGGCCACGACUCACUGGCGGUCAGCUGGAAGCCGCCGGUCUGGGACGGCGGCAGCAACAUCACCAACUACGUGGUGGAGAAGCGCGAGCACCCGAUGAGCACCUGGAUCAGAGCCGGCAAUACCAGAUUCUGCACAUUAGCGGUGACCGGUCUCAGCCCCGGACACCAGUACGACUUCAGGGUAUGCGCUGAGAACGUGUACGGACGCUCGGAUCCGAGCGAGGUAACGCCGCUGAUCACCACGAAGGGUGUCAUCAAGAGGGAGUUCAAGAAGAAGGAGUAUGAGGUGGACGCGAGCGGCAAGAAGAUUCGCGGGCGCAGCGACGAGAAGCCGCGCGACUACGAUCAAUUCGUGUUCGACGUCUACAGCAAGUAUGUGCCGCAACCGGUGGAGAUCAAGCACACGUCGGUGUACGACAAGUACGACAUCCUCGAGGAGAUUGGCACCGGCGCGUUUGGCGUGGUGCAUCGUUGCCGUGAACGCACCACCGGCAACAUCUUCGCCGCCAAGUUCAUCCCGGUGUCUCACAUAAUGGAGAAGGAAUUGAUCCGCAAAGAGAUCGACAUCAUGAAUCAGCUGCACCAUCCCAAGCUGAUCAACCUACACGAUGCCUUCGAAGACGACGAUGAGAUGGUACUGAUCUUCGAGUUCCUGUCCGGCGGCGAGCUGUUCGAGAGGAUCACGGCCGAGGGCUACACCAUGUCCGAGGCGGAGGUUAUCAAUUACAUGAGGCAAAUCUGCGAGGGCGUUAAGCAUAUGCAUGAGAAGAACAUCAUCCAUCUCGACAUCAAGCCCGAGAAUAUUAUGUGCCAAACUCGCAAUAGUACAAACGUGAAACUGAUCGACUUCGGUCUUGCCACGAAACUCGAUCCGAACGAAGUAGUAAAGAUCAGUACAGGCACUGCCGAGUUCGCUGCUCCUGAGAUCGUCGAGCGUGAGCCCGUCGGCUUUUACACCGAUAUGUGGGCUUGCGGUGUAUUAGCUUAUGUCUUAUUGAGUGGUCUUUCACCGUUCGCUGGCGACAACGACAUCGAGACCUUAAAGAACGUGAAGGCGUGCGACUGGGACUUCGACGAGGAGGCGUUCCGCGACGUUUCUGAGGAAGGCAAAGAUUUCAUCAGACGGCUACUCGUCAAGAAUAAAGAGAAGCGCAUGACCGCUCACGAGUGCCUUCUUCAUCCGUGGCUGACUGGUGACCAUAGCAAAUGGACCAACCCGAUCGCCAACAGUCGUUACCUCAGCAUCAGAGACAGAUUACGUGCCAAAUAUGAGAAUUGGGACAAGUAUGUUCUUCCCAUCGGCCGCCUAGCCGAGUACUCGUCGCUCAGGAAGCUCUUAAUCGACAAAUACAGAAUCUACGACUCCUGCUUCGAUCGCCGACAAGCAGCACCUAGAUUCGUCAUCAAGCCGCAAAGCGCGUUUGCCUAUGAAGGACAAAGCGUGAAGUUCACUUGCCGUGUGAUCGCAAUUGCGGCGCCUACCCUGUCUUGGUCGCACAAUAACCAGGAACUGCGGCAAUCUGUCAAAUUUAUGAAACGGUAUCACGGUGACGAUUACACUUUCGUCAUCAAUAGGGUUAAGUUGGAAGACAGAGGAGAGUAUAUUAUACGCGCAGAGAACCAUUACGGCUAUCGCGAAGAGGUCGUCUUCCUUAACGUGCAGCCAUUACCUAGAGAAAUUCCGAUAUAUAGGCCAGAACUGCAACCAAUACGUAGACGAGAACCGCUUGGCUACAACGUGUGGCUAGAGAUGAUCGAAUCAGCGCCGAGCUUCACUUUCCUGCUACGACCUCGUGUCAUCCAGAUCAGGCAGACCUGCAAACUGCUCUGCUGUCUGAGCGGUAACCCACCGCCUACUGUGAAAUGGUACAAGGACAGGGAGGAAUUGUCCAAGCAUAAUUAUCCCAUGAGCAACGCCGACGGCGUUGUCACGAUGGAGAUCGUCGACUGCAAGCCGGAAGAUAGCGGCAAAUAUCGCUGUGUGGCUAGCAAUAAGCAUGGCAAGGACGAGACCAGCUGUGUAGUCAUUGUAGAAGGCACUGGAGAAACGGCGGAGCAAGUAAAAUUAGCGCACGACCUCCUACAUUCCGGAGAUCGAAGGUUCAUCGAGCAACCGCUGAAACCGGCACCACCACCGAUCGUAACAAUCCACAAGUCCAGCGGCUACAGCGGCUACAGUUCCACAACCAAUCAGACUCAAUCUUCUACAUCUUCUUACAACGGCAAGCACUCCACCACCACCUCUUCGUAUAAGGAUAGUUCCAGCGUCAAAAUCAACGAAUCUUCCGAUAAACGAAGCAUCAAGAAAUAUGGCUCGAAACUCGAUGCCACCGGUAGCCCAUCACGAUCUAGAAGCGCCACCAAAGAACUUAUCUGUCCCUCGGACGAUUCGAUGAGACCGCCACAGUUCACUCAGAAGCUGAAAAAUCUUACGGUCAAUGACGGCGAGCAGCUGGAGCUAACAGUGAAGGUCGACGGCGACCCGGAACCGCAAAUUGCUUGGAAUAAAGAUGGCAAGAUACUGAGCUCGUCAGAGAUCAUCGAUCUCAAGUACAAAAACGGAGUGGCUACACUCACGAUUAACGAAGUAUUCCCCGAAGACGAAGGCGAGUAUAAGUGUCUGGCGACCAACAGCAUCGGCAGCGACACGACAUCCUGCAAGCUGACCAUUAAGCCCGUGGAGAACGCUUCCGCGAAGAAGAGGAGCGACGACAAAUCGCCGAAGAUCGUGGACCAUCUGACCAGCAUGUACGUGAAGGACGGCGAAGCAGUGACGCUCAGCUGCCGGAUAAUCGGCGCCAAGAAGUUCGACGUGGUGUGGCUACACAACAACAAGGAAAUUAAGCCUAGCAAGGACUUCCAGUACACCAGCGAGGCUAAUAUUCACAAACUGGUCAUCGCCGAGAUAUUCCCCGAGGAUUCCGGCACUUACACGUGCGAAGCGUUCAACGAUGCAGGAGAGAGCUACUCGUCGUGCACGUUAAGCGUACUCGCUCCGAAUGAGGAGCCGAAAAGCCCAGCGUUCGCGACAUUCCCACAAUCUGCAACAGUGAGCGAAAGCGAGUCGGUGACUUUCACAUGCAAGACUGAUACCGCGCCUCUGAAAGUGACUUGGCUGAAGGACGGCAAGGCGAUCCCCGAGACGAGCAGCAGAUAUCACUUCAGCUCGGACGGCAACACCUCCUUCGAGUUCGGCAUCAAGACGUGCACGGCUAGCGACGUUGGCCAAUAUUCGGCGCGCGCGAUCGCCCAGAAGGGCGAGACGAAUUCGGCAUUCGCUCUCAACGUCGUCAGCGCCGGCGAACUGUGAAACGAAUCUUAGUACCGGAUUAUACAUCGAUUAUGUAUCGCAAUAUGACCGAAUCGGGGUGUCUACUCUGAUGUAUUCUACGUAGAGAACACGCGGAUCUACAUCUAGACUCGCGAAUCUUUCUCCAAUCCAAGAAGCGCGCGCGAGACAACUUUUCUGAAUGGUCGACACCCGAUUAUGUUCUCCAAAGGAAAUGUACUCUCGACGUCUCUGACGCGGACAUCCGACGUCGGUGUCGAAUCACCUCCGAUCGGUCGUUUUCACGCUUUCUACUGGCCUUCAGCUUCCGCGAUAUUUAACGAGAAUAUACAUACGCAACUACACAAUGCGCGUAAAAAGCGCAUACGCACAAAUGCAAACACACACACCAUCGCGCGCGCACGCACGCACACACACCGAGAAAUACGCGCACGCCAUGCGAACGAAUAAUCGAAUGUGAGUCGAAGAUAAGAGACGGCUCAUUAUACAAUUGCGAUAUUUUAGGAUAUAUAACAUUUUUGUGUAAAAAUAAGGAGAACUGGAAGACUAUCUUACUCUCUCGCCUAUAUUAUAUGUAAAUUAUUUUGGAACUGUAUCUUCUUCCUGUGUGUGUUUGUCAUGUCGCAUGAACCGUACGGUCGAGACGCGCUUUUAUUACGACAAUGACGACAACGACAACAACGAAACUCUGAAUUCGCGUCUCCAACAAGCAUUAAAUGUGGAUAGCACACGCAACUUAUUACGCUAAAUAUUCGGCUUUGCUGUAUUACACGACUCGGCAUACUUGAGUAUAUACAUAAACACACUCACCCAUUUACGACACAUCGCGGUAGCGCCGGAAUCAAUCUGGCAUCGACAAACCAUCACGACCAAACGCGAUUUUCCCGUUGAGACCGCCAGCAUCCUCGAACAUCCGUUUUUAACAUCAAGCAUCCAAAAAUCUCAUUGGGAGAAUCCCUCGAUGGCGUUAAGAACAACUACGUGAUAUUUACGUGGCAUUGCCGCGAUGUGCUCUCUUAUUCCACGUUAAUGGUACGCAUCGUCGUGUUAUACUUGUUUGAAGACUGCUUCCGUCAGAAAAUUUACGAUAAAUAAAAAGUAUGAUUUAAAAUGA